AUGUCGCUCAAGCGGUCUCCAGUUGCCUCACCUCUGAUCUCUCAGUUCGUUCGUUCAGCUACGAGUGUUGGCGCCAAUUAUUGCGAAGCGGACGAUGCUGAAUCGAAGAAAGACUUCAGGAUGAUUGCGAGGGCGUGUCCUGAGUCGAAAGAGAAUGCUCGCCAUCUAUGGCAAGAGACGAAAGAACUUCACCUCCACCAAAGCGAACUAAUCGCCACCGACAUCGACGCCUACCUCAAGCAGCACGAGCACAAGGAGCUUCUGCGCUUCUUGACGUGCGGUUCGGUCGAUGACGGCAAGAGCACCCUCAUUGGGAUGCUGCUCUACGAGUCGAAGAUGAUCUAUGAGGAUCAGCUCGCCGCGAUCGAGCAGGCCUCCGUGACGCACGGCACCACCGGCGGAAAGUUCGACCCGGCGCUGCUCACCGACGGCCUCAAGGCCGAGCGUGAGCAGGGCAUUACGAUCGACGUGGCGUAUCGCUACUUCUCGACGGCCAAGCGCAAGUUCAUCAUCGCGGACACGCCGGGGCACGAGCAGUACACCCGCAACAUGGCGACCGGCGCCAGCACGUGCGACUUGGCGAUCAUCCUCGUCGACGCCCGGCCGGGGCACGGCGUGAUUACGCAGACGCGGCGGCACUCGUUCAUCGUGUCGCUCUUGGGGAUCAAGCACGUGCUGAUCGCCGUCAACAAGAUGGACCUCGUCGAUUGGUCCGAGGAACGCUUCGAAGAGAUCAAGCGCGACUACCGCGAGUUCGCCACCCGGCUCGACAUGCCGGACCAGCACUUCAUCCCGAUCAGCGCGCUCAACGGCGACAACCUGAUCGAGCGCAGCCCGAACUCGCCGUGGUACGAGGGCUCGACCCUGAUGCACCACCUCGAGAACGUCCACAUCGCCAGCGACCGCAACCUGAUCGACUUCCGCCUGCCGGUGCAGUACGUCAACCGCCCGAACCUCGACUUCCGCGGCUUCUGCGGAACGCUCGCGUCGGGCAAGGUCCGCGUUGGCGAUGAGGUGAUGGCGCUCCCCUCGAAGCGAAAGAGCCGCAUCGAGCGGAUUGUCACGUUCGACGGCGACCUCGAAGAAGCGUUCUGCCCGCAAGCGGUCACCGUCACGCUCGAGGACGAGAUCGAUGUCUCGCGCGGCGACAUGCUCGUGCGGCCCGACAACCUGCCGACGGUCGCCGACAAGUUCGACGCGACCGUGGUCUGGAUGUCGGACGACGCCCUGCUCCCGGGUAAGCAGUACCUCAUCAAGCAAGGGACGCAGACCACGCCGGGCCGCGUCAGCACGCUGCGUUACCGCAUCGACGUCAACACGCUCCACCGCGAGCCGACGCCGACGCUCGGACUCAACGAGAUCGGCCGCUGCCGCUUCGAGCUCGAACGGCCGAUCGCGAUGGACGGCUACCGCGCCAACCGCGCGACCGGCGCGUUCAUCAUCAUCGACCGGAUGACGAACAUCACGGUCGGAGCGGGCAUGAUCCUCGACCGCACCGCGGCGACCGACAAGCAGGAGGUGUGGGACACCGAAGCGGCCGAGGGCCUCGUCGCCGCGACGAGCGCCGUCACCGACGAGGAACGCGCCGCGCGUUACGGCCAGAAGCCGGCGACGGUGCUGCUCACCGGCCCGCCCGCCUCGGGCAAGUCGCCGAUCGCCGCGGCGGUCGAGCGCCUGCUCUUCGAGCAGGGCCGCGCCGUCGUGGCGAUCGACGGCCAGACGCUCCGUCGCGGCCUGUCGCGCGACCUGGGCUUCACGCUCGCCGACCGCAGCGAGAACGUCCGCCGCGUCGCCGAGGUCGCCAAGACGAUCAACGACGCCGGCCUGAUCACGAUCGCCGCGCUAGUCGCCCCGCAAGAAGAGGUCCGUCAGAAGGCGGCCGAGGUCGUCGGCGCUGAUCGCUUCCUGGUGGUCCACGUCGACGCCCCCGAGUCGUGGCGCCGCGAGCACGACGACCAAGGCGUCUACGCGAAGGCCGACAGCGGCGAGAUCACGAACCUCGCCGGCGUAUCGCUCGACUACGAGCCGCCCACAAAGCCCGACCUGGUGGUGAAGCCCGCGGACAAGUCGAUUGAGGAAUGCGCCGCGGCGGUGGUGAAGCUGCUGAGCGAUCGCGGGAUUAUUUGA